AUUCUUUUCCCGCGAAAUAUACCACGUGACAGCUUUGUGUGUAUUCCGCGGGAAAGUGUGUCGUGGAAGAGAGGCUGUACAAUUUGCAAUAACUGAAAGAGAACAUGUCAUCCCCUACGACACCCCGUCGACGUAGCAAGCGAGGUCGCAGCUCUGAGCCUGGCAGCCCCACUGAGAGCGAGGAUCCAGGGCAGAGAACGCCAUCUCGUAGAAGCACACGAUCCGGGGCUAGUACACCCUCUUCCACACGAGGCAGCGCCAAGAAGUCUGCCAAGAAGACUGGAGAAGGUUCCUCGCCACCAUCCCGCCGCCGCCGAGUUGAUGCAUCCCCCGGCAGCGACCUCGCACCCAUGCCGUCCUCACCCCCCUCUGGGCAGGCUGGGGACGAGAGUCUCUUCUCAAGUCCUAAGAAUGGGAUUCCUACAAGCGAGAUCGAUUUGAGCUCUCCUCUUAACUAUGGCACCCCAAGUUCCCGGGGCGGUAUUGGCACUCCCCGCACUCCAGGGCUUGGCCAGACCCCGGUCAGACACCGAUCGGACAUACGGAGCAGCAAGAAAAUGAAACAAGUGGCAAUUGGAGGGUCCGAACCAUCUGAACCCACUCGUGUGACCAGCGAGCUUGGCACGGACUCGAACAGUGGACCUCAGUUGGUUAUCUGGGGAACAGAUGUGGACAUCGAACAGUGCAAGGACAAAUUCAAGCGUUUCAUCACCAAAUACAUCGACCAUGACGUCGCAGACGAUGAGCAGUUUGCAGGGAUGGAUAUCAACGAACCGUACUAUCUGCAGAGAUUGGCUGAGAUCAAUGCAAUUGGAGAGCCAUUCCUGAACAUCAACAGCAAGCACCUGCAGGAGUUUGACACGGAGGUGUACCGUCAGCUGGUCAACUACCCACAGGAAGUCAUUCCCACAUUCGAUAUGGCCGUCAACGAAAUGUUCUUUGAAAAAUACCCAGAUGCUGUCCUUAACCAUACCAUCCAAGUCAGACCGUUUAAUUCUGACAAGACGAAAAACAUGAGAUCACUCAAUCCUGAAGAUAUUGACAAGUUGCUGACAAUCGGUGGAAUGGUGAUCCGACUGUCAUCUCUGAUCCCCGAAAUGAGAGAAGCGUUCUUCCGGUGUCAUGUGUGUUCCAGCUCCAAGUCGGUGGAGAUCGACCGUGGCCGUAUCGCUGAGCCGACUCUCUGUACCAACUGCAACACCAACCACUCCUUCACACUGGUGCACAACCGCUCUCAGUUCAGUGACAAACAGAUGAUCAAGCUCCAGGAAUCUCCAGAGGACAUGCCCCCUGGUCAGACUCCCCACACCGUCAUCCUGUAUGCCCACAACGACUUAGUGGACCGCGUCCAGCCUGGCGACAGAGUGACCGUCACUGGCAUCUACAGGGCCACACCCCUCAGGGUCAACCCCAAGAUGAGGAAUGUGAAGUCGGUGUACAAGACCCACAUCGAUGUCGUCCACUUCCGCAAGGUGGAUCAGAAGCGGCUGCGAGAGGUGGAUGAAGAGGAUGGCAAUGAAGCCCGAUUCCCUGAAGAGAGAAUAGAACUGAUUAAGGAGCUGUCAAAGAAGUCGGAUGUCUAUGAGAGACUGGCCAGGGCGAUAGCUCCCAGCAUCUACGAGAACGAAGAUAUCAAGAAGGGCAUCCUGAUGCAGUUGUUUGGCGGAUGUCGAAAGGAUUUCACUAACGCUGGCAGAGGGAAGUUCAGAUCUGAGAUCAACAUCUUGCUGUGUGGCGACCCCGGUACCAGCAAGUCACAACUGCUACAGUACGUCCACCACCUGGUACCUCGAGGUCAGUACACCUCCGGCAAGGGGUCAAGUGCUGUUGGUCUCACAGCUUAUGUCACAAAGGACCCAGAGACAAGACAGUUGGUUCUUCAAACUGGCGCAUUGGUGUUGAGUGACAACGGAGUGUGCUGUAUUGACGAGUUUGACAAGAUGAAUGACAGCACUCGCUCAAUUCUUCAUGAAGUUAUGGAGCAGCAGACACUGUCCAUUGCCAAGGCUGGGAUCAUCUGCUCCCUGAACGCGAGAACGUCCAUCCUGGCUGCGGCCAACCCGGUCGACUCCCAGUGGAACAAGAACCGCACCAUCACCGAGAACAUCCUGCUGCCACAUACCCUGCUGUCCAGAUUUGAUCUGAUCUUUUUGAUCUUGGACCCUCAGGACGAGCUGUACGACAGACGACUGGCCAACCAUCUUGUAUCUCUCUACUUCAAGAGUCCAGAAGACUCCCAGGACGAACACCUGGACAUGUCUAUACUGAAGGACUACAUCGGGUACGCCAAGCGCUACAUCAACCCCAGGAUUGACGAGGAUGCUGGUCAGGCCUUCAUCCAGGCAUAUGUCGAGAUGAGGAAGGUCGGCAGCAGCAGAGGCCAGGUGUCCGCCUACCCUCGGCAGCUGGAAUCUCUCAUCCGAUUGGCAGAGGCACAUGCCAGAAUGAGGCUGUCAGAGACCGUUGAGGUGGCAGAUGUUGAAGAAGGUCGCAGGCUGUACAAGGAGGCCUUGAAGCAGGCUGCAGUGGACCCGUCAACGGGCAAGAUCGACAUCUCCAUUCUGACCACGGGCAUCAGCGGUGCUGCUAGGAAACGCAAGGCAGAGGUGGCACAGGUGUUGAAGAAACUGAUUCAGUCCAAGGGGAAGGUUCCAAGUCUCAAACAUGGCAAGCUGUACGAAGACUUCAGGGACAAGUCUGACAUUCCAAUCACACGAGACAUGUUCGAUGAAGCUCUCAAAGAACUACAGGAUGAAGAUUUCCUGAUCGUCACCAACAAGGUCAUUCGACUGUGCACAUAACUGCCAUGUGAUUGUCACAAGACGACACUCAACCGUGAAUUUGGGCCAGUUACAGUGUGACAUGUCACAUUAAAACAUGUGUAAAUAAUUGGAAAGCAGUGACAGUACUCUCAGAUGCAAGAACUGCUUUUCUCUGUACAGAAUCGAUCAUGAAUAUUUGGAUGUUCUCGGAUACCAAUUGCAUUUACUUGUAUAGAAAUUGUUACUGAAUUUAAUGGAUAUUUGAAGUUUUUCUGAUAAUGUUGCAUUUACCUGUAUAGACACUUGUUAUGGAUGAAGUAUUGUGGAGAUGGUCCUCGGAUACCAACAUUGCAUUUACCUGUAAAGCACCCAGAGUCUUGGGUAUCUGUACAUAGCUGUACAUUCAAACACUUUAUGUUCCUGUAAAAGCGCUGAUUGGAAUAAAAGACUUUUAUAUGGAAAA